UCAUUCCUUCCCGACUGAUCGUAUUCGCUUCUCCGUUAUGAAGGCGGUCGUUAUUCUUGUCGUGGUGGCGGUUUUGGUGGCGACCAUGAUGGAGGAAGCCGGUGGUCACGGACACAAUGGCCGUAGAGGAGGACGCGGUGGACGGGGUCGGGAUCGACGUGGCUCGUGCAUUGAUACUCUGUGUGGAGGAGCCGACAGUGUUGAUGCCUGCACCAAUUGCACCAGGAGCGUGCGUGGCUUUAAACAGCAGAUCCGUACUUGUAGCCGUCAACUGUCAGUGCGUUGCCACAAUAUGACUACGGCCGAAACGGACAGCUUGACGACUUGCCUCACCGAUGCUGUCCCCGAUUUGGGUGAUUGCUUUUAAAGGAGAAUCGACAAUGAAACGGAACAGGAAAAUGGAUCGACGUCUUUCCGAAAUAACUCUUCAAUUGGCUUUGAUUGUAUGGCACACAAAAAAAUAUCCUUUUUAAUCACCAAUAAACAGCAUGUAAACUA